GCCGGCCGGGGGAGCCGGGCCGGGCCGUACCGUGCUGGCCGGGGCACUGGGCUGUGCGGGCAUCGCCACGGGUCCCGUAGCUGCAGCCGGGAGCGCCUGAGGAUGCGCGGCGGGGCCGGCUCGCUGCUUCCCGCCGGUGUCGUGGCGGGGUGCGAGGCGGAUCCGAGCCGGAGUACUAAUUUCAUUUGAAUUUUGAGAGGAAGAGUCAGUUUUCAGCCUACCCUGUCUGAAAAUCCAAAGCUGUUGAACUACAGAAUACAGACCUUAAUUUAUUUUGGAUUAGGUUUCCCAUGGCAUGUGAACUAGAAGAUAAUUUGAAAUAGAAGGUCUCUUUAUUUUGAAGUGACAGUCUUUAUCAAAAUGGUUGGAAAACUCAAACAGAACUUGCUAUUGGCAUGUCUGGUGAUCAGUUCAGUGACAGUGUUUUAUUUGGGCCAACACGCUAUGGAGUGUCACCAUCGAAUAGAAGAACGCAGCCAGCCUGUGAGGAUGGAAAAUGUGAGAAGCACAGUAAGAACUGCUUCCAAUGUAAAUGCAAACAAAACCUUUACUUACAACAAAGACAUGCCUUUAAUAUUUAUUGGAGGAGUACCUCGAAGUGGCACUACCUUAAUGCGUGCCAUGCUUGAUGCCCAUCCGGAUAUUCGAUGCGGAGAAGAGACAAGGGUAAUCCCGCGAAUUCUGGCAGUUAAGCAGAUGUGGGCUAGAUCAAGCAAAGAGAAGAUCCGACUGGAUGAAGCUGGAGUCACAGAUGAGGUUCUGGACUCAGCCAUGCAAGCAUUUUUAUUGGAAAUCAUUGUGAAACAUGGGGAGCCUGCUCCAUAUUUGUGUAACAAAGAUCCUUUUGCUUUAAAAUCCUUAACUUAUCUUGCUAGAAUUUUCCCCAAUGCCAAAUUUCUUCUAAUGGUACGGGAUGGUCGUGCAUCUGUACAUUCCAUGAUAUCUAGAAAAGUCACAAUAGCUGGAUUUGACCUUAACAGCUACAGGGACUGCUUGACCAAGUGGAAUCGUGCUAUAGAAACUAUGUAUAACCAGUGUAUGGAGGUUGGUUUUGAAAGGUGUAUGCUGGUACAUUACGAACAACUCGUAUUGCAUCCUGAAAGAUGGAUGAGAACUCUCUUAAAGUUUCUUCGCAUCCCGUGGAACCAAGCAGUGCUGCACCAUGAAGAAAUGAUUGGAAAAGCAGGGGGUGUUUCUCUUUCAAAGGUUGAAAGAUCUACUGACCAAGUAAUCAAGCCAGUCAAUGUGGAAGCACUGUCAAAGUGGGUUGGGAAGAUACCUGCUGAUGUUCUGCAAGAUAUGCCCGUGAUUGCACCCAUGCUAGCAAAACUGGGCUAUGAUCCAUAUGCCAAUCCACCAAAUUAUGGAAAGCCAGAUCAAAAAGUUGUGGAAAACACAAGGAGGGUCUAUAAAGGUGAAUUUCAGCUUCCUGACUUUCUUAAAGAAGUGCCACAGCCAAAGAAGACAGUAGAAGGGAAGUCUCGUGGCAAGAUAAAAUGAACAUGGAUCAGUAAAGUCGAAUAGCUACUGAACCUAUGGAAUAGAAGAUACAAUGGAUAUUUCUUGCACAGAAG